UGGCCGGAAGUGCUCCCGUCCUCGCCUUCCGUCAGGCUUACGAACGUAAUCCUUUCGGGCCCCGUGCGGAACAGGAAGGGGAACUCUUUUGCCGCGGACUCAAACCGGAAGCUGCAUUCCUAGCGGAGAGGCCUGUGGGGGAGGAGCAGGCAGCGGUAGAACGUGGGGUGAACGUUGCGUUGCGCGGUGUGGAGCUCAAGCUAGAAUAGAAGCUCGGGUCGACCCUGUGCGAAGAGGAGUACCCGCCGCAGGGUUCAUUGAAAAAUCCUUAGUGAUAUUGACAUGUUUCAAGUGACAUAAAUUAGCCAGUGACUCGGAAUGAUGGAUUCCCCGAAGACUGGAAAUGGUUUGCCAAUGAUUGGACCAGGGCCUGAUAUAGGGGUAUCAUCACUCCACAUGGUGGGGUAUUUGGGAAAAAAUUACAAUCCUGCUAACAUCCUGUCAGAUGGGUAUUGCCCUGCUUGUAGAGAGAAGGGAAAGUUAAAAGCCUUAAAGACUUACCGAAUAAGUUUUCAAGAAUCUAUCUGUUUAUGUGAAGAUCUGCAGUGCAUUUAUCCUUUAGGCUCUAAAUCACUUAAUAACCUAAUUUCUCCUGAUUGGGAGGAUCGUGACACCCCAAAUAAGCCUCAAAAAAGAAAGCGCUUGGAAACAAACUAUAAAGAUUCACCUCCUUUAGCAGAUUCCAAAAAGAUUAAAGAUCAUCUUGUUACUGGUGGUGAGCGAGUUUUGAACAGCAAACAUGGCAGAGAAGGACAUGAUGAAACCCCAUCGGUCAUACCUGUCUCACUGCACAGUGGUCAACAGAACCCAGUUAGGACCGGCGAGUCCUUGGAGCAGGAUAAGAUUUUGGAAGCUGCUGUCGUUGACAUGGCUGCUGAAGAAGAUGCUACUACAGUUGAUGUUUCUGGAACUGGGGAGCCUGCCCCUCAAAAUGAAGGAGGCACAUCUGACCUAGAUAUGCCAUUGGGGAGCAAAUGCACACCAUCCAGCCAGACUUGUGUUCAGUGGAAAAACUCUUACUCUCUCUGUUGGCUAGACUGUAUCCUGUCGGUGUUGGUGCACUUGGAAGUGGUAAGAACGGCCGUGAUGACUGACCUGUGCUCGAAAGAGGACUCUCUGUUCUGGCGGUUGUUCACGAAGUACAGUCAAGCCAGUACGUUGCACACCAGUCAGUUGGAUGGAGUUCAAGAUGAAGAGUAUAAAAAAGUUUCUUCAGAAAUAUUUGCAAAGAUAGAGACCUGUCUGAAUGAAGUCAGAGAUGAAAUUUUUAUUAGACUUCAGCCUCAGCUUGGAUGCACAUUAGGUGAUAUGGAAAGCCCUGUGUUUGCAUUUCCCCUGCUCUUAAAAGUAGAGCCCUGCAUUGAAAAGCUCUUCACGUACUCUUUUUCUUGGAACUUUGAAUGUUCACAGUGUGGGCACAAGUAUCAAAACAGGUGUAUGAAGAAUCUGGUCACCUUUACAAAUGUCAUUCCCGAGUGGCACCCACUUAAUGCUGCCCAUUUUGGUCCAUGCAACAAUUGCAACAAUAAGUCACAGAUAAGAAAAAUGGUGUUGGAAAAAGUGUCUCCCGUCUUCAUGUUACACUUUGUAGAAGGCUUGCCACGUAACGACUUGCAGCCCUACUCAUUUCCUUUUGAAGGUUGUCUUUACCAAAUAACUUCUGUGAUUCAGUACCAAGCAAAUAAUCAUUUUAUAACGUGGAUUUUAGAUGCUGAUGGAAGUUGGCUGGAAUGUGAUGACUUAAAAGGCACGUGUUCUGAAAGGCGGGAGAAAUUUGACGUUCCUGCAUCAGAGAUACAUAUUGUUAUCUGGGAAAGAAAAAUAUCCCAAAUGACAGAUGAAGCACCUACUUGUCUUCCUCUUCAAAAGACUAAUGAUCAGCAUGCUUUUGGGGAUGAGAAACCAGUACUCCCAGCAUUGUGUUCUGUGGGUCAUGCUGCCUCCGCUGGAACGACCUCAGGAAGUCACCCCACAAACGUGGCAAUUGCUCCUAACACACUUUCCCAGGAUGAAGCUGUAGUUCAUGCACACCAUUUGCUUUCAGGUCCGAAAGGUUUGGUUGACAGUAACAUUUUACCUUUGACAUUUGAAGAAAUACAGGUUAACUCGAAACGUUUCCUAUUAGGAAAUAUACCUGUGGCAAAAACUGGAGUUGUCGGCAGAACAAACACUUUGCAAUCACAGGAGUCGCUAAUGGCUUCUUUAGUGUCGGCUCCAUGUCAGGAGAUGCUUACCCAGGACCAGUUUGUAGAGUUAAGCUUUUCGUCUCAGACUGUAACUACACACACGCCAUCAGUACAGCCAAAUGCAGACAACACCGCACUUACUAAACCUGCGACUGAGGCUCAGGAUGCGGCUCCUCUGCGGGGAGUAAAGUCACUAGAAUUUGAGGGUGCAGGUGCCCUAGGGAAGGAUACUCCCUUAAAACAACUCCUUUCUCCAAAAACUGAGAAAUUAAAACCGGAACAACAUGUUAUACCUCAGUUAUCUCAUUUGAAGAAAAGAGAAACUGCAGUAUUUUCUCAGACUGUAACAGCAAAGUCCUUACAGAGUCCGCCUCUGAAAGAAAACCAGAAGAAACCAUUUGUGGGAAGCUGGGUUAAAGGCUUACUGAGCAAGGGUGCUUCCUUUAUGCCACCGUGUGUUUCAGCUCAUAAUAGAAACGCAGUCACUGAUUUACAGCCCUCAGUGAAGGGGGCAAGUAAUUUUGGUGGUUUUAAGACCAAAGGUAAACACCAGAAGGCUAACCGGGCAUCCAGGAAAGUGCAUAGGUGUGCGAGUCAACCCCCUGCAGCCAGUGCCCCGCUGGCCAGUCAGCCACCAUCAGGGAGCGCGGCUCCUGCACACGCCAAUAUCCCUGCUGAUCUGCCAGGUUUGAGGAAGUGUGAAGACGCCGCUUACGGAGCUCUCCUCAACCACAGCUCUCACGGAAAUGGAGAUGGUGUUUGUUCAGCAAACCAUGGAGACUCCGUUGAGGGUCAGAUUCAUAAACUUCGUCUAAAACUUCUUAAAAAACUUAAGGCAAAAAAGAAGAAAUUAGCUGCUCUUAUGUCUUCCCCCCAAAAUGGAAAACUUCCAAGUGAAAAUUUAGAACCCGUGUCCCAUUGUGGGUCUCCAAAUGAUGGUGAAUCAAUAGAAGACUUGUUAAAAGAACUACAGUUUCAAAUCGAUAUUGCCGAUAGUAAAUCUGGAGGAACCACCAUUCCUAGUGGUUCACCAUACAGUGGUCAGACUCACGAAGAAAUUUUGGCAGAAUUAUUGUCUCCUACCACUGUCGUUUCAGCAGAGCUCUCAGAGAAUGGGGAGGCUGACCUUCGUUAUUUGGAAGUGGGAGAUAACUAUAACCCAGCCCCAGUACCUGGUGAAUUAAACAGUCUACCCCAGGACACACACCUGAGACAGGACCACAAUCACUACAGCCCCACCAAGAAAACUCAGGGCGAAGUUCAGCCAGACCCACUAACACACAGUGCCUGCGUUAGAACAUUGAACUUGGAAAGUUCUAUGAAGACGGAUAUUUUUGAUGACUUUUUUUCCACUUCAGCAUUAAAUUCUUUAGCAAAUGACACAUUAGACCUACCUUAUUUUGAUGAGUAUCUAUUUGAGAGUUGUUGAAUGCUUAUUACUCUUUUUAGUUUAAUAUUUAUUGUUUUGGAAAAACGUACCAUAUUUUUAUAUAGUGUUUAUACACUGGCCUUAUCAUGAACAAAAUAUAAGCUAGUGAAGGUUUAACCUUUGGUCCUGCCCGCACAGCAUGUAGUCUGUUUUACAAAUUAAAAUGAUCAGGAAUCA